UGCCGCUAACUAGCGAAUCCCCCGCCCCAUACCUAUAAAGUCUCGCCAAUUCUCAAUUUUUUUCUUCAUUUUUCUCCCCACACAUGACUCUCAGUUUUCCGCAUUGCAUGGAAUAGCUGCGAGCUAUGGUGUUGGAUACAGACCAAAGGAACCUUCAAGAUGAAGCUCUUUCUCAUCCGCCACGCUGAGACUGAGCAUAAUGUGAAGCAAGCAUGUGCUGGUGCAACAGACUCAGGUCUGACAAACCAUGGAGUCAUCCAGAUUCAGCGGCUAGCUCAGUACUUCCGGGAUCGACCAGUGCAGUUCACACGAGUUUUCUCUUCGGACUUACAGCGAGCAAGAUUGACCGCGACGGGGCUCUGUCAGCAGCAGCUUGGGAAUCGUUCACUGGCGCCAAUGCAGACACCUCUCUUGCAGGAGCAACACUUUGGAUCACUGGAAGGCACGAGAUGGAAGCCGCGUGCUUCGACAUCCCGGAAUACUCCCAGUAAAGCGGAACCGGUAACGGGCCCGUCUUACAUGGAAGAGGAAUCGGAAGACUCCAUGAGAGCGCGGGCUACUUCCUUCCUGCGUGACUAUAUCUUGCCAUUGUUGUUGGGAAAUUCUCCGGAGGAGGAAGUUGUCGCAGUCGUUGCUCACGGGAUUAUUCUUCGUGUGCUUUGGAAGUGCAUUGCUGAUCUAUUCGAUCCGGCUGAUAUCUUCAUCAGCCCUGACGUCGACACUAGCGGGAUUCCACCAGGCUCUCCGUUGACGCCGGUUUGGUCAAAUACUGGCUUCAUGGAGCUGGAUAUGCGACCAAAGCCCCUCAUCACAGCUAGUGGCACCUUGUCACAACCAGCUCCGCCUAUGGCUACGUUCUCUCGUUGGCAGAUGGUUAUUCUAAGUGUGAACAGCAGAUCUCAUCUUCUUGACCUGCGCCGCACCGGUGGUGGUAUUGGCAGCGCUACCCACGACCAGCGACAGCGGACUCUGGACGGCUUUUUCCGUACCACUGACAGUCCUUGAGUUGGUUUAUCGUAGCUGACCACUCUCACUGCUCCACAUCUUGUUACAGUUUAUAAAACGUGCGGAUAGUCAAUCGUUCCAACUGCUGUCUGAGAGCAAUUCCUUUUCCCCUUAUCUGGCACUGCCAUGUCACUUUGUCCAAUCAUUAUAUUGCGAUGCUUUGAUCAAAGCUGACGGAACAAGAUUUUCUAUAGGCGAUUCAGGUUGUCUGCAGAUACCUGAUGCAAAUGCUAUGUAGCAUGAAUAGAUAUCACGUGUCAGCGUAGCUAGUUUUACCGCAGAAGAAAUACGUAUUAU